UUUCACCACCGCUAUAUCAUCACCCUCACUCUCACCUUUCCUGCUGCUGCUUCUUCCUCUUCUUCUUCUUCUUCUUCUACUGCGACUCUAUAAUUUAAUCGCCGAGAAACAGUUGCCAUCAACAUCGGUCUCGUCUAAGAAGAAAUUAUGAAAUAGAAGAAGAUAACAGUUCCCUCUCUAAACAAAAAAGUAAGCCCUAGGUUUCCUUCAAUUGAGUUUUCAGCUCUUCGAUGGAUUUUUCCGAGACUGAUCAUCGUCAAUCAUAAUAAGAUAAAAGGGUGACUGAUUAAUUAAUGGGAAAUCGAGGCCAAAAGCGUACAGAUAUGGGCGAGCUGCCGGCUGAUAAGAGAGCUUGUAGUUCCUUGGAAUUUAGACCGAGUUCAUCUAAUUCAUCGGUUCAAUCCCAAAUCAAUUCUACAAACUCCACAGCUGAAACUUGCGAAGCUGAUAUGGAAACCUCAUCAUCUGUUUCCGCCUCAACCCGGUCAGAGGAAGAGCCAGAGAAGGAUUCGGCAUUUGGGUCAUGUGACUCUGAUGAUGAAGAGCCAAGACAUAGAAGCCUUCGUGAUUUUCAGAGGCGGAGGUCGUCUGGGGAUCAUGGAAAAGUGAAGAGUAUUUUGUCAAGUUUGAGUGGAGAAACUGAAGUUUCUGGGCAGUUAGCUGCACUUUCAGAGUUAUGUGAAGUGUUGUCAUUCUGUACAGAGGAUUCGCUCUCGAGUAUGAUGGCCGACUUGUUGUCUCCAGUUCUUGUAAAGCUAGCAAAGCAAGAGAAUAAUGCAGAUGUGAUGCUACUAGCCAUUAGGGCUAUAACUUAUCUAUGUGAUGUAUUUCCUCGAUCAUCAGCUUUCCUUGUUAGACAUGAUGCAGUUCCUACUCUUUGUCAAAGGUUAAUGGCUAUCGAAUACCUAGAUGUUGCAGAGCAGUGUUUACAAGCAUUAGAGAAAAUAUCUAGGGAGCAACCAUUAGCAUGUUUACAGGCUGGUGCAAUUAAGGCUGUUUUGAGUUUUGUUGAUUUCUUCUCAACAAGUGUUCAGAGAGUUGCACUUUCCACUGUGGUGAACAUAUGCAAGAGGUUUCCUUCUGAAUGCUCUUCCUGUUUCAUGGAGGCUGUUCCAAUAUUUUGCAAUCUACUCCAGUAUGAGGAUCGACAGCUGGUUGAAAGUGUAGUUACUUGCUUGAUUAAAAUAGUAGAUCAAGUCAGCCAGUCAUCAGAGAUGCUGGAUGAACUUUGCAGGCAUGGGCUAAUUCAGCAAACAACACAUCUUAUUAACUUGAAUGGCCGAACUACAGUAUCCCAGUUAAUUUACAAUGGUUUGAUUGGAUUACUUGCAAAACUCUCUUCUGGUUCAGUUUUAGCUUUCAGGAUUCUUUAUGAUCUUAACAUUAGCAACAUUUUGAAAGAUAUAUUGUCUGCUAAUGACCUCUCACAUGGGAUGGCAUCUACCCAUAUUAUUGAUGGACACAUCAAUCAGGUACAUGAAGUUCUGAAACUGCUAAAUGAGCUUCUUCCUGUGAAAGCUGGAGAUGAAGGUGCUCCGCUGAGGUUGGAGAAGGAAUCCUUUUUAGCAAGUCACCCUGACCUUCUGCUAAAAUUUGGAAAGGAUAUACUUCCUAGCUUGAUCCAGGUGGUUAAUUCUGCUUCUAGUAUGUAUGUUUGCUAUGGCUGCCUAUCUGUGAUUAACAAGUUAGUUUGCUUGAGCAAGUCUGACAUGCUUGUUGAAUUACUUAGGAGUGCCAACAUAUCAAGCUUCCUGGCUGGGGUGUUUACUCGAAAGGACCAUCAUGUGCUUGUAGUAGCAUUACAUAUCACUGAAGUGAUCCUGCAGAAGCAUUCUGAUACUUUCUUGAACUCUUUCAUCAAAGAAGGAGUCUUUUUUGCUAUUAAAGCACUGAGGACACCAGGAAAAUGUCCACAACUGAACUUCCCAGUAUUUAGUGGCGUCCAACUUUCAGCUGACUCUGGGCAGAGGUCAUCUACAAGGGAGGUUCUGAGAUGCUUAUGUUUUGCAUUUGAUACCAGUCAAUUUCCUUCACCUUCACAGCCAGGAAUUUGCAAGCUUGAAAAGGAUUCUGUAUGCGCACUUGCAAAUCGUAUUAGAACCACAUACUUUGACCCUGACAUGUUUGACUCAGAGAAAGGGCUGACUGAUAUCCUGCAAAAUCUCAGAACUUUUUCUUCUGCUUUGCAUGAUCUCAUGAUUGUGUCCAUUGAUCAUGAUGCUAGUGGUCAACACGAAGAGAAGUUUUAUUUUAUAUUACAUCAGAUUAUGGAAAAGCUUAACGGGGAAGAGCCUGUUUCCACAUUUGAAUUUAUUGAAAGUGGAAUUAUGAAAUCAUUAGUGAAUUAUUUGUCUGAUGGUCUCUAUCUGAGAGAUGACGUCGAAUUUCAUGGUGGAUGUAGCCAUCCAAAUGUUGUGGCAAAAAGAUUUGAGGUGUUUGCAAGGCUGCUUUUGUCUUCUUCUGACUUCUCAAGCAAUGGGUUGGCUUUAGCCUCAUUGAUACAGAAACUACAUGGUGCACUAUCUUCUUUGGAAAAUUUCCCAGUUAUUUUAAACCAUACAUACAAACAGAGAAAUUCAUUUGCUACUGUGCCAAAUGGGCGUUGCACUAUGUAUCCAUGUCUAAGAGUUCAUUUUAUUAGAGGGGAAGAUGAGACAGACCUUAGUGAUUACUCCAAGGAUUUUGUGACAGUUGAUCCUUUUUUGUCAUUAGAUGCCAUUGAAGGAUUCUUGUUUCCUAAAGUCAGCUUAGAAAGAACCGAAUGUGUUGAACCAUUGCCAUCAAAGGCGAGUUCAAGCAAAGGUGAAAGUUCGGGUCUCAUGGAGACUGACAGGGCAGCAACUGAUAUACCUGAGAUGAAGAUUGUUGUAGAAGAUGAUGCUAAGGUAUCAGAUCAAAGUUCUGAGCAAGCAGAAAAUGUGAGACAAUCAAAUUCUGGAGAUACAUCCUUAGACGAACUGGAUUCUACAAAGCAAGAUACACAUUUUUCUCAUGAUAUAAAUCACAAUUUGAGAACCAAGCUGCCUGAAACAUCUAGCAAGGACAAUGCUUCCCCGAGACUGUUAUUUUUCCUAGGUGGUCAUCAACUGGAUCGGUCUUUGACUCUUUUCCAAGCAAUCCUCCAACAACAAUUGAAAUCAGAACAUGAGAUUUUUACUGGGGCCAAAGUUUGGAGUCAAGAAUACACAAUAACCUAUAGAAGAGCUGUUGAACGUGCCGAGCCUGAAGCAUCUCUGUGUUCAGGACGAAAUUCUCUUGUGUCUGAUGAAGUUGGGGUGUAUCUGAAAGAUAUCCCAUUAUUUUUUCUGAGCAUGUGUGUUUGUGGACUUGCCUCUGAUCUAGAUAAGUCCAGCCCUACGUAUGAUGUACUGUUUCUGCUCAAGGUUUUGGAAGGCAUGAAUAGAUUUUCAUUUCAUCUGAUGACUCUUGACAGAGUGCAUGCUUUUGCCGAAGGAAGACUUGACAAUUUGGAUAAUCUGAAGGUAGCAGUUUGUUCAGUGGCACAAAAUGAGUUUGUGAGCAAUAAGUUAUCAGAGAAACUAGAACAGCAAAUGCGGGAUAUCCUUGCUGUUUCUGUUGGUGGAAUACCACCAUGGUGUAAUCAGUUAAUGUCUUCUUGCCCUUUUUUAUUUAGCUUUGAGGUUAAAUGUAAAUAUUUCCACCUGGCAGCAUUUGGUCCACGCCAAUUUCAGUUUCACCCUCAUAAUAAUUCAGGUGCCCUGAGUGAAGGGCUUGCAACAGUUGGAGUUUUACCUCGUAAAAAGUUUUUGGUAUCACGGGAUCGGGUUCUAGAGUCUGCUGCCCGAAUGAUGGACCAAUAUGCUCAUCGCAAGGUACUUAUUGAAGUGGAAUAUAAUGAAGAAGUUGGUACUGGUCUUGGUCCAACCUUGGAAUUCUACACCCUUGUUAGUAAUGAGUUUCAGAAAGAAGGCCUAGGUAUGUGGAGGGAGGAUCAUAGUUUCUUUACCGGUAGAUUAAGUGAAGAUUUAGGAGCGAUUUCGUCUCCGUUCGAACUUUUUCCACGUCCAUGGUCAUCUGCAUCAAAUACAUGUGACGGGACACAGUUCUUUGAAGUACUGAAAAAGUUUGUCCUUUUGGGACAAAUUGUAGCAAAGGCUCUUCAAGAUGGAAGGGUUUUGGAUCUCCCCUUCUCCAAAGCCUUCUAUAAGGUUAUUCUUGGGCAGGUACUCUUCUGGUUUCUGAAUUGUUGAGCAGUGUUAUUAUAA